GAGCCUUGGGUAGGGAAGGGACCUGACCUGGAGGCUGGGCUGGCCGGUACCCCUUGCCCGAGGCUGCGGUGCUCCUUUAUUCUGCGCUCUGCUGUCCCUUAGAACAGAGCCUCCUGUCCUGCCACACCACCACCCAGCCCACCCCGGAAAGGGAAGCAGAGCUUUCCCCAGGCCAGGAGGAAGAGGAAGGGGAGAGGGUGAGGCCCUCCGACCUGCUGGUGGCGGUCUCUCGCGCUCUGGGAGUGAACGACCUGGGGACAGGGCGUGGCUCACAUGGAUGGACUCCCCGUGCCCAGGCCUGCCCCUGGCCAGCCCUGCGUCUCUAAGCUCGUCCUCCUGGGAAGCGGUUCCGUGGGCAAGUCCAGCUUGGUGCUCCGGUACGUGAAGGACGACUUCAAGAGUGUCCUGCCAACUGUGGGAUGUGCCUUCUUCACAAAGGUGGUGGAUUUGGGAGCCUCGUCUCUGAAGCUCGAGAUCUGGGACACGGCUGGCCAGGAGAAGUACCGCAGCGUCUGCCACCUCUACUUCAGGGGCGCCAGCGCCGCUCUGUUGGUGUACGAUAUCACCAGGAAGGAUUCCUUCCACAAGGCCCAGCAGUGGCUGGCAGACCUGGAGAAGGAGCUGCACCCAGGGGAGGUCGUGGUGAUGCUGGUCGGCAACAAGACGGACCUCGGCGCGCAGCGGGAGGUGACCUUCCAGGAAGGGAAGGAGUUUGCCGAGAGCAACAGGUUGCUGUUCAUGGAAACUUCCGCCAAGCUGAACCUCCAGGUGUCCGAGGUCUUCUGCGCCGUGGCUCAAGAGCUACUGCGGAGAGAAGUCAGGCAGAGCCACAGCCCCCAGGGGGACCCAGCCGUGGUUCUUAAGGAGGGUCCUGCCCGGCAGGCCAAAUGCUGCGCCCGUUAGAAGCGCCGCUCCAGGGGGCCACGGGAGGACGUCCAUGGCCGGGCCUGGGGGAGCCUCCAGGGUGAGCCACUGUCAGUCGGCUCUCCAUCAGCUGUCCUUCUCGACUGGUGCUGGACUGUGCCUAAGGGCUGGCGCCUCUGGAAGUCGGGACCCUUUACCACAGCCACUUACCAUGGCUGGUGGGGAUUGUUGGGGAGGGUGUGGCGUCAAAUGACUCUCAGAAGACUGUGGGCCCAACGCAGCAGAUCCCACCUGGUUCCUGGUCCUGCCAGUCACCUCAUCGGCUGCUUUGUCACCUGGCAUGGAGGGUUUGCAUGAGACAGAGAGGACACAGGGCCACAGCGAUGGUGGACAGACACCUCCAUCUGGCUGGGGCUGGGCCACCUGGUUCUGGGUGUCAGGGGGGAGCAGGCCCCGCGGGAGGUGGCAGUACCCGGGGAAAUGAGCCAUGGCCCAGGCGGCGGCACUCAGGCCUGGUCCUGGGGAGGAUACCAGCGACGGGUGGCUGGGGUGGACGUAGGCAGCCAUGGUCCUGCCAGGAGAGCAGAGGGUUGGACUUUGACUCCAAGGUGUCAGUUGUGACCUUGAAGCAUCUUUUUUUCUAAAAAUUAAACCGCUUUGAAUGA